GCGCCAGUAAUCCAAGUCCCAAAGUAAAUAAUCAAGAAAAUGUGAACAUUAUUUUACGUAAAACCAAGAAACUAAAAGUUAAACCUAAAGAUUUCGUGGAAAACAGACAAAAAUUUAUGCAGCGAAAUGAUUGAAAUGACGUAACUCGUAUGACGUAACAGGUCCUCAUUAGUCAAAGAAGGACUAAACGUAGCAUGACAAGUGUAGUGUUGGUUGAGGACAGAAUGGUGGACCAGAAAAAUAUCACACCUGUUUUAUCGGUUAACACUGUUGAAGGCUCCUUUAAAAACAAAGAUGGGCUGGUAUUAUUUACGAGGCAGUGGAGAACAAACAAAGAGGAGCCAACAGCUYUGAUAUUUAUAAGCCAUGGCUUUGGCGAGCAUUCUGGACGGUAUAGCGACUUCCUUGUACCUGCUUUGGUUGCAGAAGGAUUUCUGGUCUUUUCUCAUGAUCAUGUUGGUCAUGGUCAGAGUGAUGGGGAGCGAGCCCAGAUAGACAGUUUUGAGACAUAUGUUAGAGAUGUUUACCAGCACAUUGAUGAAAUGGCAGCAAAAUAUCCAUCACUACCAGUUUUCCUGUUUGGCCAUUCCAUGGGAGGUGCUAUUGCAAUCUUAACUGCAAUGGAAAGACCAAAGUUUUUUACUGGGGUGGUGCUAAGUGCUCCAGCAAUCGAGUUAGAUCCAAAAUCAGAUACAAAAUGCAUGCGCUGUCUAGGAAGGCUGUUGUUACAUAUUGCACCUUCAACUCAAGUUAUCGCAGCAAUUGAUCCUGCUGUAACCUGCCGUAAUAGUGAUAAGGUGGAGGAGUAUAGAACUGACCUCCUUGUAUGGCACGAAGGAAUAAAGGUUGGAUGGGGAUUAGCAUUAGCACACGCUGUGGACAAAAUUCAAGCAAACAUAGCGAACAUAGAUUGGCCCUUCAUUGUCUUACACGGUAGUGCUGAUAAUCUUACAAUGGUGGAUGGAUCAGUUCAGUUAGAACAAGUGGCUAAAAGUAGUGACAAAACAAUUAAGAUUUACGAGGGCUACUACCAUGAAUUACUGAAUGAACCACGUAAGUAUUCUGAAGUCGUGAAAAGUGAUAUUAUCGAGUGGUUAAGGAAAAGGCUGCCUGGUGGAGAACUUUAUUAAGAAAUUCAGCCAAAUAGAAACCAUUUUGCAGGAUCCAUCUCAUAAUGCAUGGUUUGCAAUAAAAAAAACCUUAUCAGUAUUGUCCAAAAAUUAUUCAUAUCCCCCACCCCCCACCACAGAAGAAUUUGGAAUUUCCGAGGGGUAGGGGAGUCAGAGAAAGAGCAAAAUUACAGAGUUCG